AUGCCAGAGUCGUCGUCAUUCCUGUAUCGCCGGGGUUCAUUUUCGCUUCAAGAAUCUGCGGAUUUCACUCUUAAAUUUCGACGAGCAAGUGACAAACUGUGGAAACGGGUACGUGAAGAGGAGGGGUUGAAUGACGGUAUCAUUAUUCUAUCGACAUCUCACGCCUUGCCAUCCGACGACUCAAGGCCAUGUAUCCCGGACUUGGACACGGAAUGGAACGUCUCAUCUCACAUCAGUCAGUCCCCAGGCACGCAAUUAUGGUCACUUAGUUGUUCCUUGCCUGCCUCUGUAGGGAAGAACUCGACAUUUAGAGAUAUUACCAUCGGGCCGCCGUGGGGCUCAUUUAUGAGAUGGUUUGCUCUCGUACGUCACAGGGCAGCUUGGCUGGGCCCUCGGCAAGGCGGAUCUCGUUUCUUCCCAGAUCAGGACGCAAUUCUGGGUUGUUUUCUAAGCCAUAAUGGCAAUACCAUGGCAAUACUUGCCGUGAGUGGCGUAGGCAACGUAACAACGACUAUUCGGGAUAAUGGCCACGGUGUGGUCGCUGUUCACGCCAGAAACGAUUCUGCGCCGUCAGAAACAACUGUGGUUCUGAUCUCGGAAGGGAUCGAUUUCGACCAUGCGGUUGCUUCCGUCAUGUACCAUGCAAGAACAAUGGUAUCAGAGACAGAUGCCGUGUCACAAAACCGUACCAAUAGUCGACCAAAGUGGGAUGCAAAAGCUAUAACUGGGUGGGAGCAGGAAUGGCAGGAUGAAUGCGUCCUCCCACGCGCGGUAGAAGAGCUUGCUAGGAACAAGAUACAAAUCACGAAUCUCAUUAUCGAUGACAACUGGCAGUCUCUAGACCGUACUGGAAGUGAUCAAUCACAGUGUGGAUGGUCCGAGUUUGAAGCAGACCGCAAGGCUUUUCCCAGCGGUCUGAGAAGUGUGGUAGCACAAAUUCGAAACUUGCACCCAGCUCUUCAGAAUAUCACCGUAUGGCAUGCCUUGCUGGGAUACUGGGGCGGCAUCUCACCCGAUGGGCUUAUUGCGAAGACUUACAACAUAAUCAAGGUAGCCCAAGAGGGUGAAAACAGUCAUCCCUUGACCGUUUUUCUGAACGCAGUUCCGAAUUGGGACAUGUUCCAAACUUUGCAGAGCUACUCGGAGUUCCAUGCAGCAGCACGAUGUCAAAUGACUGUUGCUACGCCACUUGGUCAGACGGUUAUUCUUAGAUCGAGCGUCCUGGGUAAAUCAAUAUGUGCUUAUGCUGGAUAUGAGGACGAUUUGCUUCUGAAAAUUGGCAGCUACAAUGGGGCGUCCCAGACGGGCACUGGUAUUCUUGGCCUUUUCAAUGUUUCAACAAGGCACCUCACCCAAGUCAUCCUUCUAGAGCUCUUUAUCGGAGUGUUUCAAGGAGGAAAAUACGCCGUUCGAUCACAUACAACAGGGCAAACUUCGACGCCGAUGUCAAUUGGUGCCCCAGACUCAGUAAUUGCUGCAUCGAUAAAUGAGGCAGGAUAUGGAAUUUUAUGCGCUUUCCCGGUGGCACAAUUCGAGAGUGAUUGA